GAAAGACAGAAAAAAGAGAGGUUGAUCUCUAUGCUAGCCCUUUAGGCUAAUAUAAAAGUGUAUCCUACUUGCUUUUAAUGGCUAAACCACAGAUUGCUAACAGCCGCAGUAACCUCCCUGAUAUUUAUGUCUUGUGAACUUAGUAUAUAGUAUUACACAUAGCUAAUCUUAUGACUGGUGGACCCCCAGCGUCGACCUAUCGAUAUCUCCUUUUUAUUUACACUAAUAUUUUCAAAGUUUAGUUCCACUCGUCAUUUCAUAUCAUAUAAAACAAAGCACAAUUCACUCAUAUAUCACAAAUCCGCUGCCUGUCACAGGACAUACUGAUUUCCCUAAGCUUUCACAAACUCAUUUUGCUGUUCUCUAUUUCUUCUUUCAUUUCAUAGCUUUUAAUCUUCUGUUCUUUGUAGAUUUCUUAGUUGCUAUUUUUCCAAGAUUCUGAAAAGUAGGGUCUUUCUCUAAAUUCUCUAAUCCAAGAUGCUAUUCAAAAGGGUAUUCUUAUUCCCAGUAUAUGAUUCUGAAUUAACUACCUUUUGGUAAUCAUAAAAAUCUCAUUCUCUAGACACUGCACCUCAAAAUACUCUUGCACACACUUAUUGGAAGUUGCGGAAAUGGAAACUUUAUUUCCUAGUUCGUUUUUACCAAAUUCAAGUUGGAUGAGUAAGAGCAGAGAAUGGACUAAAGAAGAGAACAAGCAGUUUGAAAGUGCUAUUGCAAUAUAUGAUGAGAAUACUCCUAAUAGGUGGUCUAAGAUUGCAACUCUAAUCCCUGGAAAGUCAGUUGUUGAUGUGAUGAAUCAAUACAAGGAACUUGUUGCAGAUGUUUAUGACAUCGAAGCUGGAUUGGUCCCAAAUCCUGGUUAUUUCCCCUCUUCGAUUACAUUAGAACUGGUCGAUCAUUGUGGAUUACAAACAUUUAGAAAGCGAGGCAGCAAAUCUUCUGAUCAAGAAAGAAAGAAAGGCGUACCAUGGACUGAGGAAGAACACAGGAGAUUCCUGAUGGGACUUGAGAAGUAUGGAAAAGGGGACUGGAGGAACAUAUCCAAGAAAAUGGUAAUUUCAAGAACACCAACCCAAGUGGCUAGUCAUGCUCAAAAAUAUUACCAGAGACAACUUUCAGGAGGCAAAGAUAAGAGGAGGCCUAGUAUUCAUGAUAUUACCACUUUCCAUUUCACGGCCGAUGCGUCUGAAAACAACCUAGUAUACAACAUUAAUUCCUUGUCUAAAGAAAAGUUAUAUGCAGCCUCGCCUUUGCAGAAAUUCACAGCCACAACAGAUAUAGUGAACUGCUGGAAUGGUAGCUCAAGUGAUGAAAUGGAUUUUGGAUCAUCUUAUGGCAGGUCAUUUGUCGCGUACCCGUAUGAGAUUGCUUCACAGUCUUGGGAUGAACAUGAAGCUGAUAAUAUUACUAUUAAUGAUAAUUCACAGUUCCAGUUCCAAUCAACAAGAUACUCAAUCAGAUAUGGGGUUGAUCAGUGGCAGGGUUGAAAAUGAAAAAUGUCUAUGUAGGAUUCUGUUUUGUGAUGUUGGUAUUAAAUUAUAAUUGUAAUUCAAGUUUAGUUUGGUAUGGGUAGUCUAAUUUGUAUGUCACUCUUUUAGACUUGAAAUGAAAAUCUUCGACUAAGUCUUCUCACCAA